AUGUAUUCGGUCCCGGCUGAAUACCAAGAGUCUGUGAGAACACUUCAAGCCUAUCGCCACGAUUUGGGUGACGAGAGAACAAAGUACAUGGAAGAGCAUUCAACUCUCGCUACGAAAGGUCUCAUGGUUUCCGUUGAGCAGGUGUCCAUUUUCCUUCAAAGCGACAACACUUUAGUUUCGUUCUUCGAACAUUCCGCCGAUGUGAUCGAAGAACCCAUCUUAAAACGCUUGCAGUCGUCCGAGACCGUCUUGAGAAGAAGUGGCGAUGCAAGCAUGGUCAUGCAUGCAAUAAUCGAUGGUAUCGUCGACCUUACUAUACCUAUCGCGACGGCAUACGAGGAGAGCAUCGCAGAAUUGGAAUUAGAAGUUCUCCUGGAACCAAACAUUGCUCAUUCAAAAGCUCUGUACGUUCCUCCUCAGGUGCAGUUGCACAUAUUAUCAGAGUCACUAACGCACGCAUAG